AUGCCCGAAUUUAUAGACCUGAUCUCGUCUGAUCCCCCUGUGCCAGAAAAUUUAUCCUCGCAACAUGUACCGCAGUCAACGCAACCGAUUUCUCGACGUCCAUCCCGCCUGGGACUGAUCUCAUUGGACUCAAUUAGCGCCCCAUUGUUUACCCACGAUGACAGUGACAUACCUCCCAAGAAGCGAAGAGUUAGCCGCGAGAGACAGUCACCCCUCCGAUCCGCGCAAUCAGCUUUGGGACCUGCCGAGUCAGCGUUUUCCGAGUCGGCGUUCCCAAGCUCAUUACCCUCAAUACAAUUCUCGGACGACGACUUUAGCUUUCCACCCUCACGCCCCGCCGCGCCCAAGACACAACCGGCUCCAAACGUGGACAAUUCAGAUCCUAUUGUUUUCACGUCCCCUGUCUCGGCAAGGCCACCUAAAAUCAUGCCUUCAAACCCUCUCAACCGAUUCUCCGGCCCUCAACAUCCAACUUCUCAAAACAAAACCUACGACCUACCUGACAUCAUCACCAUUGAUGAGGAUGAUGAAGAUUUUUUGAAGGCUACUGGGAGAAACGGAGCCAAUCAGUUUACCCAAGACAGCAUAGAGGAAUUUAGUGAUCCGUUUUCCAUUCCGGGGUUCGCAGAUAUCAUUGGAAGUAAAACGGCUUCUAAACCAAUGUUUUCCAGCAAGACUGCGGAGUUGCUCGCUACUAUCAGUGCAAAGGACAAUUCUACGAGUGGGAAAGGUGCUUCGAAGGCAGGAAAUCGAAAAAGUAAGAGUGUGGGAACUGGUACGAGGGGUUCGAAUCAUUCUGAUGACGAAAUCGAUGAACCCAUUUCACCAAAGCGGCCAGCGAAGAAAUCCGGCAAAAUGACGACUGAAGAAAAAGAAGCCAAGGCCAAAGCUCGUGCCGAGGCAAAAGCACAGAAGGAGCUGGAGCGCGAGCUCGAAAAGGCAAGAAAACUAAAGCUGAAGGAAGAAAAAGCAAAACAGAAACAGGUGGCGGCAGAUAUUUCAGAAGUGAAUAAACUCAAGGUCGACAAGAAGGAUUCUACGCCGGAGAUGAUCACACACAUUGCAUCCUCACUGGAAGACGCUAGUCCCGAUCCCUAA